UGCUCUUUUGCAUUUUCCCUUGGAUUUCAAGAAAUCUCAGCAUUCGAGAUCUGUGAGUGAACAUUGAGCAUGAUGAAUUUGAAGUUUUUCUUGGCCAUUUUGGCCUUACACAUGGUUGUUGUUCGUUCAGUUUCCCCAACUGACUCCUGCUUUUCUCAUUCUUUGCACGACGCCAUCUUGGCAAAGGUCUUUACAUCAGAUUUAUCUGAUGAUGAUAUAGAAGAGUUGAUAAAGCAAGGUAGGAAAAGUAUAUUCAAUAAGGAAAUCAUGAAGCAGCACACCAGAUCUAAAUUAUGUUAUAUAAAAUUUCACGAUUCAUUUUUCGUUUCUCCUGGAUUAAUUUCGUUCAUGACUAAGGAGUCCUUACUCUCUUCUGAUUGGCGUUAA